AUGCCUGAUGAGAAAUUUGAUGUGAUUGUCAUCGGAGCCGGAAUUUCUGGUUUGGCUGCAGCGAAAGUGCUUUCCAAAGAAGGUCUUAAAGUCGUGGUCUUAGAGGCAAGGAAGCGCCAUGGUGGCCGCAUUCACACAAUCUCCCUCCCACCCGGUUCAGGUUCGGCCACAGUGCCCAGCCUGCGGUGUCCGUUUGUGUUAGAUCUUGGCGCUAGUUACCUUCAUGGAUGCUGCAAUAAUCAGGAGAUUCAACCACUGUUUACACUUGCCAGUAGAAUCAAAAUGCUCACCAUCACCUGCCCAGGCGAUGUUCUGGGUCCCUAUCGUGGCUGGGAGUGUCCGGAAGUUGCUGUCUGGCGUGAUCCCAAAACAGGGGAAGAGAUCAAUACGUCAGAGGUAGCAGAAAUUAGCUUCCUUCUCGAUCGCUGUCUUCUACGUUCGCUGACCCUUACUGCUAAUGGUCGCCACAAAGGACUAGCGAAACGUUUGUCCUUGGAACCGGUAAUAGAGCAGUAA